AUGUCCUUCGGUGCUAAGAAGUUUAGGUCGAAAAGACAACAACUUGAAUAUAAUGCAUCUCUUCCUGGUAGAUAUCAAAUACUACUAAAAAAGAAUCCGUUUCUCUACUACGGAUUGCCCUUCUGCCUAUUAAUGGGUUUAGGAUCAUAUUGGCUUUCAAGUUUCACUGCUGUUAAAUAUGAACGUAGUGACCGUAGAAUUCAAGAAAUGAAGGAUGAAGAAUUAAUUAAAUUGAAAGGUAAUAGGAGGAAAGUUGAUAUUAAAGAGGAAUACUAUCGUCUCCAGGGGUUAUCUGAGCAAGACUGGGAGCCUGUGAGAGUGCCUAGGUUCAAAGGUGAAUCAGAGAACGUUUGGGAUGUAGAUUAG